AUGUCUCUCCGCCCAUGCCUUCGCAGCCCUUUGCUACGGGGAGCCGGCCUUAUAUCGAGAAGCUAUGCCCUUCAAACCCCGGGAAACCCAACUCUAGAGGUCUUUAAUAGAAGAACAAAAUUGUUACAGAAGGACAGAGCAGCAAGAAAUGUGGAAACCAGCCGGCAGGUGGAUUAUUUGAAAGACGAGGUUGCAAUGCGACUGAGUGACAGAUUGUUGGAUAUCAAAAGACAUUUCCCAAACGUCCUUGACCUUGGAGCAAACAGCUGCAACAUAGCUCGUGCUCUAACUUCUAUCCCAAUUUCAAAUGGCGAAGGCGUCGCAAGCCCGGGAGCUGAAGAGACAAUAGCGGACCGGAUAUCAAAAAUAACAUGCAUUGAGGAAUCUCAGAAUCUUCUAUACCGGGAUGAAUCCCUUCCGUUUAAUUCUCAAAUCUCCAUAACACGCGAGGUUGUUCCGAGCAUUGAGAACCUUCCUUACGAACCAAACACAUUCGAUGCCGUCCUUUCGUCUCUAUCGAUGCACUGGAUAAAUGACCUGCCAUCAUUGCUCGCGCAGGUAAAUUCUAUCCUAAAGCCAGACAGCCCGUUUAUGGCCGUGAUGUUUGGAGGGGAUACCUUGUUUGAAUUACGAACUUCUUUACAAUUAGCAGAUCUGGAGCGCAGAGGAGGUGUAAGCCCUCAUGUAUCUCCGCUUGCUGAUGUACGAGAUAUUGGUGGCUUGUUAACCAAAGCUGGUUUCAAGCUACUUACAGUUGAUGUAGAAGAUAUCGUGGUGGAAUACCCUGAUACCUAUGCACUUAUGUCAGAUCUUCAGGCAAUGGGAGAGAGCAAUGCAAUCUUGAGAAGAGAAGCUGGACCAAUAUCUAGAGAUGUUUUACUGGCGAAUGAGGCAAUAUAUAGAAGUUUGCACACAGAGGGUGAAAGCAACAUACCUGCUACCUUCCGGCUGAUAUACAUGAUAGGAUGGAAAGAAGGAGAGGGACAGUCAAAGCCGUUAGAGAGAGGCAGCGGGCAGGUUAAUCUCAAGGACAUAAUUGGGUCGGAAUAG